AUGGACAUCAUCUACGACGUCCGCGCCCAAGAUGCCUUCCGCAUCGCCAAAGCAGCCACAAAGACCGCCCGGUUCGGCGGAAACAUGUUCAAACGCAUUCUGUCGACCUCCUUCAACGGCCUUUGCCAGACAUGCAACAACCUCCAGCCUUUCAACCACGAGAGAACAUUCGGUCAACCUGAAGUACCCUGGGAGAACCGUCCAUGGGCUCAUCGGGAGGAGUUGAUCAAAAUACCCACGUUGGUCCUUGAACACAUACCCGCGAAGGACAUUCUUGCUUCGAGACAGGUUGAUCCGCAGACGGGGAAGGUGAAAAAGGAUUGUGCGUAUUGUCGACUGCUUUGUGAAGUCUUCGAUCACUUCUUUGGCUUCGUCACGGAUAAAUGGGACCACCAUGUCAUAAGCGGCUUGUCGCUUAGUGUUGGACUCAUGAUCAAGCAGGGCCAGCCGCUGGUGAUUCAGUGUUGGAACUUCGAGUGGGAUGCUAGUGUAUCGACUUCGAGAGUCGAUCUGGAGCUGUACCUCGACUCAGAUCUGCCAGCUAACGCCACGGACGCUCCCACUACGACAGCAUCCGGUUGGAGAGCAGCGGAUAGUUCGAGUCCGAGCUGUAUGACCUUUAUCAGAGAGUGCAUUGAUCAGUGCUGGCAUCAGCAUCCGAGAUGCAGAAAUUCCUCCUCAAGCAACUUCACCCCGACCCGAUUGAUCUACAUCGGAGACACUUCAGACGACAUCCGGUUGUUUGAAGCAGCCUCCACCGGCCUUGCAUUCCAAUGGGCCGCUCUGAGCCAUUGUUGGGGCGGCGGGGACCCUUUCGCCCUCAAGACUGGAAAUAUGAACACCCUGUUAGCGGACAUACCCAUCGACGAGCUCCCAGCAACAUUCAAAGACGCCAUCUCCGUCUGUCGCAACCUAGGAAUUCAAUACCUCUGGAUCGACUCGCUCUGCAUCAUUCAAGAUGAUGGCCAAGACUGGGAACGGGAGGCGGCGCAGAUGGGAAUGGUCUACUCCGAAGCACUGGUUGUUAUCAGUGGAGGUUCGUCGAAGAAUCCGGAUACGCCGUUCCUUGGGCCGCGAGAUGAAGACUGGAUUCCCCAGAAGUUUGACUUCCUGACCCCGAAGACGGGAUCCCGUGUGCCCGUUACUGUGAGAAGGAGAUAUGCGAGUGCGGCUCCUCUUGAGCAGGGUCUGCAUCAGCCACCGUAUACGAGCUUUUGGAGCCAUUCCUAUCAAAAGGGGCCUUUGUAUAAACGGGCGUGGUGCUUCCAGGAAUCACAUCUCCCAACUCGCAACAUUCACUUCUCCCACGGCAGUAUCAUCUUCGAGUGCCAAACCCAUCGUCGGAGUGAGGAUCAGCUCGCUCCGUAUCCUCAGCUGUAUUCAAACGUCCUAGGCCAAGUCGACGAUGGCGCAAAAUGGCGUAUGAUCGUCCAGCAGUACACUUCUCGCCAACUCACCUACGCCAGCGACAAGCUGCCCGCAAUCUCUGGUGUUGCGUCCCUGAUGCCCCAAGCUUCCCGCACGCGAUAUAUCGCCGGCCUUUGGGAAGAGAGCCUUGUUCUCGACCUCAUGUGGCAGGCUAAUCCGGCUCCGAAAGAAGUUCUUGCGUAUCCUCCCGAUGAACUCACAGCACCAUCUUGGUCGUGGGCGUGUCUGAACCGUAAAGUUGUCCACAACCCAUUCAAGUCGUUCACACCUCUAGCGACUGUCAUCUCUGCAGAAAGUACCCCGAAGUCAGCAACAGCCCCAUUUGGCGCUAUUACGCAUGCAUCCAUCACCCUGCGUGCUCGCAUGCGGCCCUGUAGAAUACGCUGGAAAGCAGAUAAAUACAGCCACCGGGCAUACUACGUCGAGCCCAACGGUACCCUCUCGGAGGAGAAACAUCUCGUUUCGGAUGGCCUGCUUACAGCUCGAUACCCAGAAGCUCCUGAAGGGAGUCGAUAUGUCUGUCGUGCUCGAGGUGGACUGCCCUAUGAAGGCGAGAUGGACGCUGCGUUUGUGUGUCUCGCGGACACGGGGCUGAGUAGUUAUAGUUUCGUGGGACUGCUUGUUACUCCGAGUGUGAAGGUCGAGGGGGCGUGGGAGAGAGUGGCAAGUCUGACGAAUCUGAGGAGGAAAUGGUGGGAGGGUGGCGAUGAGGUCGAAGUUCUGCUUGUUUGA